AUGAGUGAAUUCCGAAUACAUCACGAUGUGAAUGAGCUAAUCAGCUUGCUCCGUGUUCAUGGAAGUGAGGGAGCAGAGCUUUACAUUGACCUGCUGCAGAAGAAUCGCACCCCGUAUGUCACCACAAGCGUCUCUGCCCACAGUGCCAAGGUGAAAAUAGCUGAGUUUUCAAAGACACCAGAAGAUUUUCUUAAGAAAUAUGAAGAGUUAAAAUCUAAGAAUGCCCGUAAUCUGGACCCGUUGGUCUACCUACUUUCCAAGCUCACAGAAGACAAGGAGACACUUCAGUAUCUGCAACAGAAUGCUAAAGACAGAGCUGAGCUGAGCUGACAACCAGCAGUGUAGCUUCUAGCAGUGUUCCAUCCCUCCCAGCACAUCCAAGAUCUCCUUGCAGGAACUGGAGGAGCUACGGAGGCAACUGGGGAAUGUAACUGCUUCAACAACAGCUGGACCACAGCCAGUGGAAGUUCUACGGAAACAUCUUAGAGACAAGCUGAAUAAGAAGAAUGUGGGGCAGCCAAUUCCUGUGUUCCCAUCUUGGGUUUACGAGAGACCAGCAUUGAUAGGAGACUUCCCUUCGCUCUCCAAUAUAAGUACAGAUGUCACGGUACCAAUAGGGACACUUCCCCUCCCCACGCAAGAGGCAAUUAUCGUAGAAGACCUCCUUUACAUUCUAAUUGGAGUUGAUGGGCGAUAUAUUACUGCACAGCCGCUGGUGGGACAUCAGACACGCUCCUUUUCAGUAGAUCCAAACCUGGACUUAUCUGUAAGGGAGUUGGUGAACAGAAUUCUGCCAGUAGCUGCCAGCUACUCCACUGUGACCAGAUUCAUUGAAGAAAAAUCUUCUUUUGAAUAUGGUCAGGUUAACCAUGCUCUAAGUGCUGCAAUGCGGACGCUAGUGAAGGAAUACAUGAUACUUAUUACUCAGCUGGAGCACUUGCAACGCCAGGGCCUGCUGUCCUUGCAAAAACUGUGGUUUUAUAUCCAGCCCACUCUAAGGACAAUGGAGGUAUUGGCGUCUCUUGCCACUUCAUUGGAUAAAGGAGAGUGUCUAGGUGGUGCCACACUCAGUUUACUCCAUGAUAGAACCUUUGGUUAUACAGGCGAUACUCAGGCCCAGGAGCUAUGUCUGUAUUUGACUAAGGCAGCCAGCACUCCAUACUUUGACAUCUUGGAGAGGUGGAUUUAUAGAGGAAUCAUCAACGAUCCUUACAGUGAGUUUAUGGUAGAGGAACAUGAGCUGCAAAAAGAGAAAAUCCAGGAGGAUUACAAUGACAAGUACUGGGAUCAGCGCUAUACUAUUGUACAACAACAGAUCCCUUCCUUCCUGCAGAAGGUGGCAGACAAGAUUCUUAGUACAGGAAAGUACUUGAAUGUGGUGAGAGAAUGUGGCCAUGAUGUCACGUGUCCAGAUGCCAAGGAGAUUGUGUACACACUGAAAGAACGUGCCUAUGUGGAGCAAAUUGAAAAGGCUUAUAGCUAUGCUAGCAAAGUACUGCUGGACUUCUUGAUGGAAGAGAAGGAGCUGGUGGCACAUCUCCGGUCCAUUAAACAUUAUUUCCUCAUGGACCAAGGAGACUUCUUUGUGCACUUCAUGGACCUGACCGAGGAGGAGUUAAAGAAAACUGUGGAAGAUAUAAUACCAACCAGGCUGGAGGCUCUAUUGGAGUUGGCUUUACGAAUGAGCACUGCAAACACUGACCCUUUCAAAGAUGAUCUAAAGAUUGAGCUGAUGCCUCAUGAUCUCAUCACCCAGCUUCUUCGUGUCCUUGCAAUUGAAACUCGGCAAGAGAAAGCCUUGAUUAAUGCUGAUCCCACUGAGCUAGCACUUAGUGGGCUGGAGGCCUUUUCCUUUGAUUACAUUGUCAAGUGGCCUCUUUCAUUAAUAAUAAACAGAAAGGCUCUGACACGUUACCAGAUGCUUUUCCGCCAUUUAUUCUACUGCAAACAUGUGGAGAGAUUGUUGUGCAAUGUUUGGAUCAGCAACAAGGCAGCGAAGCAGUUUUCCCUGCAUUCUGCUAAAUGGUUUGCAGGGGCAUUUACACUCCGCCAGAGGAUGUUAAAUUUUGUACAGAAUAUCCAGUAUUAUAUGAUGUUUGAAGUGAUGGAACCAACUUGGCAUAUUCUCGAGAAAAAACCUCAACAGGCCUCUAAUAUAGAUGAUGUCCUAAGCCACCACACAAGCUUCCUCGAUAACUGUCUGAAGGACUGCAUGCUUACCAACCCAGAAUUACUCAAAAUCUUCUCAAAACUUAUGUCUGUGUGCGUCAUGUUUACCAACUGUAUGCAGGUAAAUUUAGACGUUCAUUUGCUCCUUAUUGGCCUUGGUAUUGCUAUUGAACUACUGUACAAUGUCCUAUCAUCUCUAUGUUAA